UUUCUCGGUAGUCUUCAGAGGGACCUUGCUGCUUCGAGAAACCCGUCCCCGUUCACAGUACGUCAUCAAACGGACCCUUUAAAGCGUCUGUAGCGGCUGUAAUGGCACAAUAUUCGGGAGCGAAGCAAUAUCAGAGUAUGAAAACACUGUCUCCAGUCGAAACGAUGGCAACUAACGAUCCUCUACCGCCUGGGUGGGAGAUUAAAAUCGACCCGCAGACAGGUUGGCCGUUUUUUGUGGAUCACAACAAUCGCACAACGACGUGGAACGAUCCGAGGCACGACACGAAAAAGAUUUUUUUAAAUGGCCCCUCUAUAGCCCCUGAGUCACCUCAGGACGUGCACAAAUCCUAUAUUCAAGAGAUGAGGCAACCAAUGCUACGCCAGGGCUACAUCCCUAUCCCAGUAUCCCAUGAAAACACUGAACCCAGGCUGCAGCAGUAUCCGAGUUUCUCAUAUAUCCAUCCAGUAGUGCCGCAAAAUUUGAGAACAGAUGGACGUACGCCUUCCCCAACCCCAACAGCACACUGUCGGCCUAGAUCUCCAGUGCAGUCCCCAUCAGAGGCUUGUUUGUCUUGUUCACCUGCUUCACACGGGCCUGAGGUUCAUCAACCACAGGGCACACACCAACAAUUGAGUGGCCUUCAUCAACAGCCCCGACCCAGCAAUACAGGUCUCCGGGCGGGCUACAUCCCCAUUCCUGUGAUCCAUGAGGGUAUAGGGUGCACCUCACAAUUCCAGCCUAGCCAAAGUUCUCAUGCCACGCGAGAAAAAAUCCCAAUCUACCGUGAACAAGUGCCCAUUCAGAUUCAACAGAAUCGAACUGCCAGUCCUAUCCCGGUCCCCUUGAGGGCCCAGUCACCAGUCAUGUCUCAGGUCAUGGGAGAGAGACCCCAGGUCCAGCAACACAUUGGACAUGCAGCAAUACCACCAAAAGUUGAACAACCAGUUGAAGAAAUUGUCAGACCACCUGCAUUUGAGAUUCCCAUUCAAAGAGUGAGUGAUGUUCCUCAGCAAAUACAUCAUCAGCCAGUACAACAACAACAACCUACACAAGCACCCCAGCCAAAAGCACAACAACCCGUACCGCAGUCACCACAGGUGUCAGAGACAUCCAAUAUUACCAUACAAGUUCCUCCAGCACCAGAACCUCAGGAAGCCGCUGCCCCUCCAACACCUCAAGAGGUCCCACCCCCACAAUUCCAACCUGAGGAGACUUCAGAACAAGAUCUGAGCCACCCAGGACUGAUCAAAGUGCAGCAGAUAUUGGAAUGUGUGGAGAACCUGGCACAAGAUGUGAAAAGUUUCGAUGGGAAGAAGAAUGAUAAAAAAUACUUGUUGCUGGAGGAGAUGUUGACCAAACAACUUCUGGCUCUGGACUCUGUAGACCCUGAAGGUCGCCCAGAUGUGCGUCAGGCUCGAAGGGAUGGUGUCCGCAGAGUUCAAAAGAUUCUAGAUGAACUGGAGAUGUUUGGAGAGCCGAUGCAAGGGCUUGCGGGUGACACGUACCCUGAGUCGAGUAUGAUUGACCAUGCAAACUCAGAGAAUGUCAAGGAGAUUUUAUAAUUGCACAAAGAAGGCACAAAUUUGAGAAGAACACUAAUCAAAAUCUCCAUUUUUGUUUUUACUUGCGCAAUUAUUAUUAUUAGUUGGAUGCAUGAAUAAUUUACGUUUUCUGUUGGAAAUGAUCUAACGUGAUUUGUUUACUGAGUGCAAUCAUGUGUGCUGUUAUGUGAUGCUGCUGUUGUCAAAUCACACCAUGCAAGUGUCUUGUAGCAAAAGACAAAGUGGUGACCGGUUAUGUUCUAAAACAAAUGAAAACGAGGCCUUGAACAGAAGAAAGUUUUUCUAACAUUCAGAAAGUAUCUUUUGUACCAUGUUGAAUGAAUGAAUGAAAAUUUUUUUUGAAUAUUCCUCAAGAAGUUGUUAAUGAAGAAGUGAGCUGUCAUAGUGAAAACUUUUAUUAGAAUUUUUUUAAAUUAAAUUUUAUUGUGUGGGCUACAAAAAAUAUAAAGGGAUUCGUUUUUAUUUUGGCAUAUUGGAAGGUUUAUAUAUAUAUAUAUAUAUAUAGAGAUAUAGAGAUAUAGAGAUAGAGAGAUAUAGAGAUAU